AUGUCUACGACACCAGUCGACGCGCCAACGCCAGAUCCGGGGUCACCAAAGGCUCUCACCGCCGCGCAAAUCGCUCAAGAGAAAGAAGAGUCGCGUAGAGCUGCUGCCCAGGCUAGAGGCAUUGCGCCAAAGGCUGCGCAGAGUUCCAACGGCCCAACCACAGCCCAGGUCAAGCCGAUUUGGCCGCCUCCGUACUAUUUCGAAGACGACCUGCGACGAGUGCGGCCCUACCACUGGACAUACAACACUUACUGCAAAGAGAGAUGGCGGGGGAGAUGCUUGAUCGAGGUAUUCGAGUCCGAGUUUCGAGACCGGCCCGUCGAGUACUACAGAGCUUCCAUGGAGAAGGGAGACAUCUUUGUCAAUGGGACCAAGGUCGGACCCGACUACGUUCUUCGAAAUGGCGACCUGGUCUCUCAUACUUUGCAUCGGCACGAGCCGCCCGUCACGUCCGACCCCAUUGGCAUUCUGUACGAGGACGACGACAUGAUUGUCAUCAAUAAGCCCUCGGGGGUUCCCGUGCACCCCGCGGGCCGGUACAAGUUCAAUUCAGUAUUGGAAAUCAUGAAGGCCGAGCGGGGGCCAGAGUUUAUGCCGCAUCCCUGUAACAGGCUGGAUCGACUGACCAGUGGCAUCAUGUUUGUCGCAAAGAGCGUCACGGCCGCGGAAGCACUGGGCAAUCAGAUCAAGUCGCGGACUGUGAGGAAAGAAUACAUGGCCCGGGUUGUGGGGGAGUUUCCAGAGGGAGAUAUUGUUUGUGACCAGCCCAUCCUGUCGAUAUCGCCGAAACUCGGCCUCAACCGUGUCCGGGCUGAAGGCAAAACGGCACGCACAGUGUUCAAGCGUUUGGCAUACUACCCGCCAAAGGACGAUUCAAAGGCAAACUGCCAGCAGGAGGGAUUCGCAGGGCCUACAGAUGAGGAACUGUGCAGGCUGCCGGCGGAGGCGGGCGACGAAAAUAACGGCAAGCCCUGGGUCAACAAACGGGGAUAUUCGAUUGUUCGAUGCCUUCCGGUGACAGGGAGGACGCACCAGAUUCGAGUGCACCUGCAAUAUCUGGGGCACCCCAUUCAAAACGACCCGAUAUACGCAAAUCAGCGAGUAUGGGGCUUCAACCUAGGUCACAACGAUGCUGAUGGCACUGUCUGCAAGGACGAGGACGUCAUCAGCAGACUGUCCCGCAUGGGCAAGGAGGAGGUGGCACAAGCCGUGGUGUACCACGACGAAAUGCUCGACAAGUACGAGAAGAGAAGGGCGGAAAAGAUGACGGGCGAAGUGUGUGAUGUAUGCGCUACACCGUUAUACUCCGACCCAGGAAUGCAUGAACUGUCACUAUGGCUACACAGCUUACGGUACGAAGAUGCUGGUGGAGCCUGGUCAUACAAGAGUCCCUUACCAAAAUGGGCUCUUCCGCCAGAGGGCAUGGCCGGUCCUACAACAGUCGGCGGCAUGGAUGAAUUGGUAGGAGCCGUAAAGGAUGAAAAGCCGGAGACCACGGGAUAA